AGAAGAAAGUCAAAAUAGACCUUACCGGCUUACCCUACCCUUCUUCCUUCCUUCCUUCCUUGCUAUUUCCUAACCUCAACCAGCGCCUCCGGGCAGAAGUGAUGAUAAGAUGAACAAUGGAUCUUCCGGAAGAUAUCCAUACGCUCAUCCUCAAAAGGCUACCAGUCAAGUCCCUCCUACGUUUCAGGUGCGUAUGCAAAUCCUGGCUCCAUCUUAUUACCAGCCCACGUUUCAUUCAACAGCAUCUCGACUUCUCCAAUAGCUGCCUCCGAUCUAGGAGGGCUCGCAUCAUUCUCUCCCGUUAUUGCGACACCCUUUUGUCCAUAGGUCCGGAAGAACCUUCCGCUCCGCCUCCGCCACCGCCACCUAAUAACAACAAUAAAAUCACUGGUUUUGAGGAGGCAGUCGAGCUGGACUUCGGUCUGGUUCAGAAUCUGCCUUACUAUGUCAAGGGUCAUUGCGAUGGCUUGUUAUGUCUGGUAAUCAAUGACGGUGGUGACGGUUCCAUUGUUAUAUGGAACCCAUCUAUUGGGGAAUCCAAGAGAUUGCCCCUCCCACACAAUUUCCGUUCUACUAGAGAAGUGUUUGGCAUCGGUUAUGAUUCCUCCAUCGGUGAUUAUAAGGUUGUUAGGGCCCCUUCCAGUUAUUGUCGAAUGAAAUGCCCUGGUUACAAACCUCGGGUGCAAGUGUUAACGCUCAGAUCCAAUUCUUGGAGGACAAUUCCAGAAAAAGACACCCCACCUUACUUCAUCGAGCAUUUCUUUCAAGCCACUAAUGUCAAUGGUGGCCUCUAUUGGCUUGUGGCGCAUCACGACGAUGUUUUUCGAUGUGAAAUUCUGCGUUUUGAUCUGGCCGUGGAGAAGUUUAAGGUGGUGCCGCCGCCACCUCCUGAUGAAUCGGGUAGGACUAAUAUAUCGUGGUUGGGGCCUUUGGAAGGAUCACUUUGCGUGAUUCACACCCAGCGAUUGAACCAUGUUGAUGUUUGGGCCACCAAGGACGAUGAGACAUGGACCAAACUGAUUACCAUUCCAAGGAUUCCCGGACCAGAAGCUUCUGUCAGAUAUUUUGAUUAUGUGCCCUUGUGUUUCACAAAGAGUGGUUCGGUACUCAUCAGUGUUAAAGGGGAGGGGUUUGUUACUUAUCACCCGAGAGAGAAUAAGGUCAGGAAACUUGCAGUUCAUGGUGUUGAGAAUUGGUUCCAAGAAACGGCUUGUGCUGAGACUCUGGUUUCACCCCGCAGUGGAGAUGAACCCGCCGCUGCAAGGCAACACCAUAGGGGGUCGGCUCAAAUGACUUCUCGCAGCGUCUGGCAACUGCUGCUUAAUUAUUUCUCUUGUUCUAGUGGUGGCAGCAAGUACCCGUAAGAAGAGUACCUACUUGUAAGCGUACAGAUUCGCUCCCUAAUUUCAGUCUGUGUGAGACAAUUCCAUUUCAUGGCCUUUCAUGUGUUGUUGCCUUUUUUCGUUUUAAACCAUUGUUGAACAAUGUCUGAGUUUACUGCUUAUGAUUAUUAUACUUUUGAGUGUUUUCACAUCCACACUACUGUAUCCAUCUUAAUGUGGUCUAAAUUGUGGAUCUAUAUCCAACAAUAUAGUCUAUGAUGCCAUCAGUUUGUACAUGGAGUUGGAGAAAGUUGUUGAAGAUCCGAGAGAUGGCUAGAGAAGUUAGUCAGUACAAAGUUGGUAUUGGGAAGAACGUACAUAUGUGGCUUGAUAAUUGGCAUCUUGAUGGUGUUUUGUAUACUUCGGUUUCUGCAAAAGAAUCUAGAAAGAAGUCAUGAAGAAAUGUUUAGUUGAAGGUUGUUUUGUGUAAACUCAGUUGGAGUGCGACUGUGUAUCAUAUUUGGAGGCAAAGAAAUGAUUUGAAGCCUGGUAAGCAACUCAAGGCUGAGGAGAAAAUUCUGCAUAGUAUUGCUUCGGAUGUUAAAACCCGAGUUAUGGUGAAAGGUAGUUUUAAACAGACUCGAGGGAAUUUGGAGUUGUGCUCGAGUUGGGGAUUGCCAUUUGCCAGUGAGCAUACUGUCUUGCAGACAAGAGGCUGCUGCAAACAUAGAUAUAGAUGAAUAAGAUGAUGUUUAGCGUAUGUUUUUGGUGUUUUAUAGUCUGGUGGUUAUUUGAGGAUUUGUAUUUCUGGUGUAUUGACUGUACAGGUUUGGUUAGCUAUGUGGAAGCUGCUUGGUUGUUAACUGAGUAGUUGAAUUUCUGGUGUCUUGGUUGGUUCUGUUUGUUAAGAGUUUUGUUUUGCGUAAGCUGCUAUGUCAGCUGUUGAUCCGGUGUUUGCUUGAGUGUAUUGUAAGUGUGGUUUUUUAUUUAUUUAUUUAUUUUUAAUAAAAUCUCUCAUUCAUAUAUA